UAUUACAACAACACUCAUUACUUUUAUUGAAUUUACUAAAUGAUAUUGAUGAAUUGGAUUUUUUCGAUAUUAAAUGUAUUAUGGAUAUUUUAUGUCGAUUGGCAUUUUCUUCAGAAUAUGCUAAUGUUUCUACUUUAGAAGAUGAUCUACAUAUUCUGAUUCAGAAGCAACUAAAUAGCUCAAAACGAGACAUUCAAUACAAAGGUAUUAUUGGUGCGGUAAUGGCUGCAAAACAUUUAGCUGCUAUCAAUUCUAAUGAUGAAGACUUAUUACACUCAAGUGAAAAAAGUACAAUUAGUAUUUCUGAUAUACCUAAUGAACAAGUACAACAAGCUGCAAAGCUUAUGAGUAAUGUAAUUAGAUGUACAAGUGGAAAUGUUGAAGCCAUAGGAUUCGCAUAUGACCAUUUAGCAUCUAUGUUAGUUACUAGUUUACAACUUAAUAGCAAUUUUUUGGCUUGGUUAGCUGACACAAUCACCAAUGAUUUCCAGAAAUAUUUUAUUGUAGAAGAUAUACCUGAUUUUUUACAAUUAGAUGGCAUAAAUUUUGAAAUGAGUCAUUGCAUUAAUGAAGAACAUGAACAAGAUUCAAAAUUCGCUGUAAACAUUGGGGGUUUAUGUUUGAAUAAUAAUUCAAGAGUUUCAGUUCUAUAUUUGUCAUCGUUAUUCCGUUUAAUGCGUCUAGUACAUUAUAGACAAAAUAAUAAUUUAACUGCAAUUGAUGCCGUACUAGGCUGUUCAAUUAUAAUGCCUCAAGUUCAUCUCGAUGUAGGUGGCAUUCAAGAUUACGAUCCAAAAACUUUAAGAGUGAUUUUAAAUUGUUAUUUCAAUUGUAUAAAUUGGUUUCGAGAAGUUAUUAGUGCGUUUGUGAGUCAAAAAUUACCGGAUCUUCAAGUCAAGGUUAUUCUUCGUUUAAAAGGUUUAAUUAAACUCGAAGAAGAAUUUACAAAAUUAAUGUGUUACGCUCCUACAGACUACAAACCUCCACCUAGCUAUUUUCCAUCAAGAAUUGGAACUGAUGAUACAACAUUUGCAGUCUCAAAACGUGAAACAGCGAAAACUAAGAGCAAAGGAGGCAAAAAAAAUGAUGAAACUGCAUUGAACAAUACAAACAUGUCCUUACCACCUAAAAGUCAAACGAAUGCCCCUUCAACAUCAAAAAUUGAAGUGAUUGAUCAAGGUGUAAUUCGACGUAAUUAUUUUCGCGAUUUAGAUGUAGACAUUUUAAUUGUUUUACGAAAUGAGUUAUCUGUUCCAACUUUAACUGAAGAAAACACUUUAAAUGAUGAAGAUCCUCCUAUUUCAACAACUUUAAAAUUAACCGAAUUACGAUUUAUUUUAGAAGAUUUAGUAGUAAAGUUACAAGAAAUUCUAUCAGAUCCCGCAGUAAAAUUAAAGAAUAAUCCGAUGACAUUCACUACAUUACAAUUAGUAAAACCAUCAGAUUUUAUUACAGAUUGUAUCCGUUUGUUUCCAUACUUAACAAAACAUUGCCAUAAAAUUAUUGAAUGUAUGCAAGAAAUAUUGAAAUCUACCGAUGGUAUUCGUGAUGCACCUUUAUUAUAUGCAGAAGGUACAAUUAACGUUAAGGUUUGCUUCAGUUUAAUUAUAGAGGUAUAUGCUUUAACAUUGUCGUGGUCAGAUUUACAACAUCCAAGAUAUAAUGAAUUACUUCGAGAUGGUUUAAGAAACUUAUUAGACGAAGAACACCGAGGGCUAAAAUCAAUUGGCCCCAUUAUUACAGAAAUUAGCUCUCAAUUACUAAAAUACACAGAAUAUUGUCUAUAUAUUUCAGCAGGUAUUAAUUUGGUUAAAUUAAUGAGAACAAUUUUAAAUUUUACUUCAGAGAAAGUUGUUCGAAAAAGGCUAGUUCAAUUGAGUGAAAAUUUACUAUCAAUGAGCUGGACGGAUUUAAAAGGAAAUUCAGAUUGUGGAGCCCAAUAUAAUAUUAAGGUUGAUACAUUAGUUAAAACAUAUUUAUUAUAUAGUGAUAUCGAUUCCAUACAAUCAGUAAUAUCUUGGGUACAAGAAGAAUGUUUAUUAUUAAAAGGAAAAGCAGAUAAAUUACAUACGUUUCCAAGCAUUUCAAAAUUAAAUUUUCCGUUAUUGUAUCGAGGUCUUUGUGCAGCUUUAGUAUCAGUAUGUAGAGAUAGUGUUGAUAAUUCAAGUAAUCAUUUGACGCUAUGGAGAAAAAUUGUUUUAGCUUUACAAAGUUUAAUGUCAAUUGUUAAAAUUCAAGAUUCUAGAUCAAAUUUAGCUGCAUUUUUAAGACGUUCUUUGGAAAUAUUAAAAAUGUUUUUAUCAAAGGGUAUAACAAUUUUGGAAAUAAAAAUGAAAUCACAACCAGAAACUGUCGUCGAAAUUUUUCGCAUAAUGCAACAAUCAACUAGAUUUUUACACAGUUUAUGCUGCCAUUCCAAGGUCAAGAGUGAUGGAGGUUUAAUGGGUUUCGUACCAGCGGUGAGAUCUACACUAGAAGCAUUAAUUUAUCGUGUAAAAGCAGCUUUAAUUGCAAAUGAUUGUUCAGCAGCAUUUUGGAUGGGUAAUUUACGCAAUAAAGAUAUAUAUGGCGAAGAAAUAUUAUCCCAGACAACACAAGACAGUACUGCAAACACAGAUGAAGAUGGUGAUCAAUUACCUGAAGAUGAUGACGAAAGUGAUGCAGAAGUACAAUUGGAAGGGGAAGAAAAGAUCCACAGUUCGAGUGAAGUAUUUUAAUAAUUUAUGUAUUUAGUUUUAUAAUUGC